GGCGGUAUUGUCCGAUGAGCACAAUUGUGAUGCGUUGCGCCACACCGCCACAGAGUGUCUUUCUCCUCGCAAACUUACCAUCCCGCGCUAGACCACAGCGAGACAACAUCUCUCGUUUCACUAGACGAGGAAAACAAUGCCACGAACUCCCGGCGCGCCGAGUCUACGCUGAGCUUGACACAAACCAUCGCUGUAUCAUCUGUGUGGAGCGGGACGGGACAGGUGCACGGGGUGCAGGGCUACAUCAGAAAUAAGACGAGAGCACAGACCCGCCUCGGUUUAAAGUUUAAAACCCCAUAAACACCGAGACGCCGCGACAGUCGUCUUCUCCACUGGAUUCCGGGUGCGUUUCCGGCGUGUUUCCCUGUGCGUAAAAACGCACGAGCAUCGGGAAAUUCCGAGAGUGGAUUCACUGCAACAUCACGACCACGAGCUGCGCGUGCAAGUGUGCGCUGCAAACACAACGACAAGAGCCUUCCUACAGAAGUGCACUGAUAUUUCCCAUCUUUAUAUAUGACAACUCGUGAUUGCAUCCAUCACCAGAUGGCUGAAUUGAUUUAGCUGAGCACUGGCACUCGAUCUAGCGUGGGAAUCUAAGGAGAGGACGAUGUUGUUGAAGGAAUACCGGAUAUGCAUGCCACUAACAGUGGAAGAGUACAGGAUUGGUCAGCUGUACAUGAUCAGCAAGCACAGUCAUGAGCAGAGCGAGAGAGGAGAGGGCGUGGAGGUGGUGCAGAAUGAACCGUAUGAGGACCCCAACUACGGCCAGGGACAGUUCACUGAGAAACGCAUUUAUCUCAACAACAAGCUGCCCAGCUGGGCCAGAGCUGUGGUGCCCAAAAUCUUCUAUGUGACGGAGAAAGCGUGGAAUUAUUAUCCCUACACCAUUACCGAGUAUACAUGCUCUUUCCUGCCAAAGUUCUCCAUCCACGUUGAGACAAAGUACGAAGACAACAAAGGCAUCAAUGACAAUAUCUUUGAUACAGAGCUCCGAGAUGAAGAAACAGAGGUGUGCUUUAUUGACAUUGCCUACGAUGAGAUCCCAGAGCGCUACUACAAGGAGUCUGAGGACCCACGAUACUUUAAAUCCAAGAAGACAACCCGGGGUUUGCUGAAGGAGGGCUGGAGGGACACACAGGAUCCCAUCAUGUGCUCCUAUAAGCUAGUAACGGUGAAGUUCGAGGUGUGGGGACUUCAGACACGUGUGGAGCAGUUUGUGCACAAGGUGGUGAGGGAUGUGCUGUUGCUGGGUCAUAGACAGGCUUUCGCUUGGGUUGAUGAGUGGAUUGACAUGACAAUAGAGGAAGUGAGAGAAUAUGAACGAGCCACUCAGGAAGCCACCAAUAAGAAGCUGGGAACCUUUCCGCCAGCAAUUUCCAUCAGCGAGACGCCCCUGCCAGCCUGCGCUCGUAGCGGCCCAUCCAGCGCUCCCUCUACACCCCUCUCCACUGAAGCUCCAGACUUCCUUUCUGUGCCCAAGGACAGACCACGGAAGAAGUCAGCUCCGGAGACCCUGACUCUUCCUGACCCAGCACGGAGAGACUCUGCCUUCCGCCUUCCCAGUCUCUUUUCCUGGGGUCCCAGCACCCCACAACCUGAGUAAACCUCAGUUCUGGCCUUAGUUUAUGAAAACAUACCCCAGUAAUUUGUCUGUUUGACACAAUCAAAUCAGUCUCUCUUUAAAUACUGAGAGAUACUUACAGUUUCCCAAACACACGCACACAGAGUGGCUUUUCAACCUGUCCAACCUCAUGUUUUACACUGGGAGUUAAUUUACAAUAGGCCAAAAAGUGCAUUCUGACAUACAAAAACAUUACAGAUCAUUGUUAAAUAUAUCUCAGGAGUUGUCCCAUUGAUAGACAGAGCUGAAUCUUUUUCUUUCUUUUUUGUUUGUUUGUUUCCUUGCUGAGCCAUUUUUCCUACAUAUGUUGAAUAUGGAUAGGAUUUGUAGCCACUGUUGUUUUGCUGUAGUGGGGUAUUUAAUGGUAUAUUCUGCUCUGUUAAUAUUUCAGUUGUGAUAUUAUGUUAACGUGACUUUAUCCUCAGGCUUCUGAAUUUCUCACUCAAAUUAGUGUUUGACAUGUACUGUAAAUAUCUCGUUUAUAAGAAUGUAGGGUUCAAUUUGAUAGUGGUUUCACUAUGCUCUUGUCUUUAACUUUGAUCAGUCCCAUUCCCAUGUACUCAAAAAACCAAGUUAUACCAAUUUUACUGACCUAGCACUUUUGCAUGGUCUGUUGUUAGACAAUACGAACUGGAACUUGUACAUACUGUAGUUUAUCUUCAUAAUAAAUUUGAUAGGUUGCGAAGCAUCUGCCAUGUAACUGAGUAUGCUGUUCUACAUUACAUUAUAUGUUCUUGGUUGGGAUUAAUGUGAUGCAUUAUUAUCCAUGAAUAUGAAUUAAGUCCUCAAAGAAUGCUUGAUAAUUAGACUGUUGUAUAAUCUUUGGGCUCUAAGGAAUGUUUGCUGCUGCUGGCCAAUGUAUACUUUGUAAAUUGAAAAGCUCUUGUAUUCUUGCUGGUUCCUGCAUAUCUGUUCUUUUAAACUUAAAUACUCUUUUCUAAAGGAUUCAGAAAUGCAUUUGCCAAAUCUUGGGAAACCAUGCUUUUGAUGUCAACUGCCAUUGUGAAAUUAAAGCAUUUGCUAUCCA